AUGUCUUUCUUUUUUUUUUUACCUUUUCUUAUUUUUUUUUCAUCUUUUCUUCUUUUUUUUUUGCUUUUUUUUUCUUUUUUUUUUUUUUUUUUUUUUUUUUUUUUUCCUUUACUUUUCUUUUUUUUUUUUUUUUUUCCCCUUUUUUUUUUUUUUUCUUUUUUGUUUUUUUCUUCUUCGAACUUUUUGAUCCUUUUUUCUUUUUUUUUUUUUUUUUCCUUUUUUUCCUUUUUUUCUUUUUUUCUUUCUUUUUUUUCUUUCUUUUUUUUUCUUUUUACUCACUUUUCUGGCUUUUUUUUUCUCUUUUCUUUUUUUUUAUUUUUUCUUUUUUUCUUUCAUUUUUUUUUUUUUCAUUUUAAUUUUCUUUUUCUUCUUUUUUGUUACUUUUCUUUUUAUUUUUAUUUGCUUUUUUCUUUUUUUUUUUCUUUUUCUUUUUUUUCUUUUUUUUUUUUUUUUUUGUCUUUGUAUCUUUUCUUUUUUCCUCCAUUUUUUUUCUUUUUUUUUUUAUUUUUUCCCCUUUUUUUUCCUUUUUUUCUUUGUAUCUUGUCUCUUUUCCUUUUUUUCUCUUUUUUAUUCCCCCCCCUUUUUUUUUCUUUGUCUCUGUCUUUUUUCCUUAUUUUCCCUUUUCUUUUAUUUUCUUUCUUUUUUCUCCUUUUGUCUUUUUUCUUUUGUCUCUUUUUUCACACCCUUUCUUUUUAUUUCCCCCUUUUUUCUUUGUCUUUGUCUUUCUUUUCUUCCUUUUUCACACCCUCUCUUUUUUUUUCCCCUCAUUUUCUUUUUUCUUCUUUUGUCUCUCUGUUUUUUUCUUUCUUUUCUUAA